UUGUCUAUCAAAGUGAAUAGCGUUCAGUCAGGAUCGUCCCUCAGCUGUUGUAAUUCUGAUGUGUUUUGCUAUGACAGCAGCUACUGCCUAACAUGCGUGGAUCUUCUGACAUUUAUAGUGGACUAAAGAAUACUUUUACUUGCUGCUGAGCCUGACUGUAACUGUAUCGCUGUAGGACAAUAACGAUGGGGGCUCGAGUGACAGAAACACCUCGGGAACUGGAAAGUGCCUCUAUAAAGUAUCAAAUUGGAGGACAUGCAGAGAAAAUGUGGCAACGAUUCAAAGGAAUAUUAAGAUGCCUGGUAAAGCAGCUGGAGAAGGGUGACAUUAAUGUGGGUGAUUUAAAAAAGAAUAUUGAAUAUGCAGCAUCUGUGCUGGAGGCAGUUUAUAUUGAUGAAACCAGGAAGCUUUUGGACACUGAGGAUUCUGGCCUGUCUGACAUUCAAUCGGAUUCAGUCCCGCUGGAAGUGCGGGACUGGUUAGCUUCUACAUUCACAAGGGAAAUGGGGGUAGUGAGGAGAAGACCUGAAGAAAAGCCCAAAUUCCGAAGCAUUGUGCACGCUGUACAGGCUGGGAUUUUUGUAGAAAGGAUGUACCGAAAAACUUCUAGCAUGGUUGAUUUGGCUUACCCAGCAGAAGUGAUAGCAACAUUUAAGGAUGUUGAUAAGUGGUCUUUUGACGUAUUUGCCCUAAAUGAAGCAAGUGGAGAGCACAGUCUGAAAUUUAUGAUGUAUGAGCUGUUAACCCGAUAUGACCUUCUGAGCCGUUUCAAGAUCCCUGUUCCAAAUCUUAUUUCAUUUGCUGAAGCUCUUGAAGUUGGUUACAGCAAAUACAAAAAUCCAUAUCACAAUUUGAUCCAUGCAGCCGAUGUUACUCAAACUGUGCAUUACAUACUGAUUCACACUGGUAUCAUGCACUGGCUCACAGAACUGGAAAUUUUAGCAAUGAUCUUUGCAGCUGCCAUCCAUGAUUACGAACAUACUGGGACCACAAACAACUUUCAUAUUCAGACCAGGUCUGAUGUUGCAAUAUUGUACAAUGAUCGUUCUGUUCUUGAAAAUCAUCAUGUAAGUGCUGCAUAUAAACUCAUGCAAGAAGAGGAAAUGAACAUCCUGACACAUUUAACCAAAGAUGACUGGAGGGAGUUGCGUAGCUUGGUCAUUGAGAUGGUGUUGUCCACAGACAUGUCAGGCCAUUUCCAGCAAAUUAAAACGAUGCGACAUACUCUGCAACAGACAGAGGGGGUAGACAAAGCCAAAGCCAUGUCUCUGAUUCUACACGCAGCAGACAUAAGUCAUCCAGCAAAAUCCUGGGAACUGCACCACCGGUGGACCAUGGCCCUGAUGGAAGAAUUUUUUCGACAGGGAGACAAGGAGGCUGCUUUAGGUCUUCAAUUUUCCCCACUCUGUGACCGCAAGUCUACUUUGGUAGCUCAGUCCCAAAUAGGCUUCAUUGACUUCAUAGUAGAACCAACAUUUUCUCUUCUUACUGACUCAAUGGAGAAAAUUGUUAUGCCUCUUAUAGAGGAAGCAUCAAAAUCUCAAAGUCCUGCAUUUGGGACACCCAGCCAAUGUAGUUUGGGAGCAGUAAGCAAUGCUGAAGCACAAAAACGAACCAGUUUUAAAAGUCCAUGUGACGGAGGGACUCACGCAGAUAUUUCUCUAGCAACUGUAGACCUAAGGAGCUUUAAGGACAACUUGAUGAAGAUCAUUCAAGCAAACAAAGAAAAAUGGAAAGAAUUAGCAGUAGAAGAAGAACCUGGGAAAAAUGUUGAUGAACAGGAAAAAGACCAAAGCAGAAAUUCCACAGAUGCACAGUUAAAGGAAGAGACAACAAGGAUACAAAAUGAGAGUAGUCAGGGAAGCGAUGGUACAACCUGUCCUCCCAGAUCCAUCGUCCUACAAGUAGUCUCUUCUGACACUCCUCUGAGUGAUGAAUCCACCUCAGAAAAAUGCACUAACUCUGAUCCGAACCAGAAAGAUCUCACCGAUGCCCAGCAAGAAACACAGAAUACUGACCCACUGAAUGGUGAGCCUAAACACUGUAAGAAGUCAGAAGAUAUAGUAAAAGGCACUGAGCAGAAUGAAGCACUGAUACAGAACUAGAUUUACUAUUUCUUAAAAAGCUUCAGACAUUUCAGGCAGGACAGAAAAGAAGAACUCUAGCUGUUCCUACCCUGUACUCUCAGAGGCUCUCAUCUGUCAACUUGCUCUUGGAUCAUCCUGUUUCUGUGGAGAGUGAAUGGACAAAAUGAUCAAACGUGUAAAACAGAAAACCCUGAGCUGGUAACUCAGGGCACUUAACAAUCUGCAAGAUUUCAGUUGUGUUUGUUGUGGCUAUUUCCUCCUCUACUCUGCUUUCUUAAACUAGCCAAAAUAUUUUUUUUCAGCCAGAGUUGGCCCUUGCUUUAUUGCAUCAUGGACACCAGACAUUUCCAGUUAGCCAUGAGACGUGUGACAACACAACACUACCAUCUGCCCAGGAUGGCUGUUAACUUGUCGCUGCUGUUGACAUCCAAUGGAAAUGGAAAGCCAAAUGAAAUGUUGCUAUAGAUACUUUCAUGCAACCAUAUUGCAUGCAACAUCAUUCGUACUUGUUAGUUUCCUUAAAGUAUCUAGAGAUAACAAUAUGUAUACUGUAAAGGCCUGUAUGGAUGAUGACUGCAGUGGCUGCCAUAUGAAGGAAACUGGUGUUUAACAAAUCAGUAUUUGAAAUAUCUCUUCAAAAUUAAUUAAAUAACAUCCAGUAUUAAAUAUUAAAACAUUAUCAGUCUUAUAGUAUUUUGUAAGACAUCAUCAAUGAUUUCAGCCCUACCAUGCAGUUGCUCCUUUGUAGGGCAGAAGAGACAGUGACAGGAAUACGUGAACAUGACUUCAGCAAAAUUUUGUGUUGCUUCUCUGACAAAAUGGGUAUCAGAACUGGAAGGUGGCACUGAGGCCUUGUGUCAUGGUUUGUCUCAGGUGCAAACAUGACAACAUGGAUCCUGCAAAAUCCUUUCUAAUAUAAGUUUGUUUUAUUAGAAGAAAAUAGCUAUCCCUGAGAUGCAGCAAGAGCAAACCGUACAGGCAGUUACCUCUGCAAGAAGCCUCAGAACGAGCCCUCCAGCCUGAACUGUGCCCAGAAAGAGACUCCAUUUUCAUCUCUGCUUCUCUUGAGCUUCAUGUGGUUCCUCCUGGCUUGUCCAGGUAUUACAUGCAGCUGCAGAAAACCUAAUUUCCC